UGGGCGGUACCGAUCUGUAUGACCUGCAGGCGAGGCAGAGGUCCUGGGGGGCUCGUCGGCGGCGGAGCCCCUAGCUGCCCAGAGGGCAAUGCUCUGACAGUACGGGGGUUAACUGGAGCCCUCCCCAAGUUGCAUAGUGACAUCAAGGCCGCCCGAAAACCACCCCCGCCAAGCUCGGGCCACGACGUCUCCCGGAAGACCCGCCUAUCAGCCCGGGGACCACGGAGCGGCAUCUCCCAGAGGCCGAUGCCCAGCCGGGAGCGCCCCCAUAUCCGCAGCUCUCGGGGGGACCCUCAAACCCGUCUGCCUGACCCCGGGCCUCCGCCACUGAUGCCUCCGGGCCUCAAAACCAGCGUCUCCGGGCCUCUGUGCCAGCCCCAACCUGAAGCCUACAAGGCAAGGCCCAAGAAGAUUGUUUUUGAGGAUGAGCUGCCGUCCCAGACCCUCCUGAGCGCCAAGAGGUCUAUUGUAGCCAUCCCUGGUGGGCAUAUACCUAUACCUCACCCAGUUCCUGAUUAUGAGCUUAAGUACCCGCCAGUGAGGAGUAAGAGAGAAAGAAGCCGCUAUGCUGCCGUGUUCCAGGACCAGUAUGGGGAGUUCAAGGAGCUCCAACAGGAGGUGGGAUGUGCACAGGCCAAGCUCCAGCAACUGGAGGUCCUGUUGACCUCACUGCCCCCACCCCAAAGCCAGAAGGAGGCUCAAGUGGCAGCCCGUGUCUGGAGGGAGUUUGAGAAGAAGCAGAGGGACCCUGGCUUCCUGGACAAGCAGGCUCGUUGCCACUACCUGAAGGGCAAACUGAGGCAUCUCAAGACCCAGAUCCAGAUAUUUGACAACCAAGGAGGCAGUGAGGGUUCUGUGUACUUCUGAAUGUCCUGGAAGACAGGCAGAAGGACAUAACAUAGGGGUGAGGGUCCCUUGCUUUCUUUUUACCUCCUGGCCUUUGCUCUCACUGUUCUGCCUACCUGGGGUAGCCUUCUCUGAUUGAGAAUGCCUCAUCCUUUUGGGCUCAACUGUGAUGGCCCAGGAAGUCAUCCCAGCACUCCUCCAGGUCUGAUCCAGAUCUCACUUCAUCCCCUGGAAGUAGGUCUUAUUCUCCCUCCUUGUGGAAUAAACAUGUUAAACACUUA